UUCUGUUGAAUAAAAAAGCGACUCCAUUUUGUGGGGAGGUUGUUUGCUGUUUACUCGCGUUCAGACAAGGAAGCGUUUCGUCCUUUCUCCGUAAAACAAAAGAAGACUCUGAACAUGAGUGGUUGUCGUAUCUUCAUCGGUCGCCUGAACCCCUCGGCCCGGGAGAAGGACGUGGAGAGGUUCUUUAAAGGGUACGGCCGCAUCCGAGACAUCGACCUCAAGAGGGGCUUCGGCUUUGUGGAAUUUGACGACCCCAGGGACGCGGAAGAUGCGGUCUAUGAGCUUGAUGGCAAAGAGCUCUGCAACGAGAGGGUGACCAUUGAGCAUGCCCGUGUGCGUCUGCGUGGUGGGCGCGGCAGGGGUGGCGGAGGUGGAAGUGGUAGCGAUAGAGGAGGCGGAGGAGGACGCUUCCCUGAUCGCUAUGGCCGGGGUUCCCAGGAUGGUCGCAGUCGGAAUCCUCCUCCGAUGCGGACGGAGAACCGUCUGAUCGUGGAGAACCUGUCGUCACGGGUCAGCUGGCAGGACUUGAAGGAUUUCAUGAGACAAGCAGGGGAGGUGACGUUUGCAGACGCCCACCGGCCCAAGCUCAACGAAGGGGUGGUUGAGUUUGCCUCUUACAGCGACCUGAAAAACGCUCUUGAAAAACUGUCUGGCAAGGAAAUCAAUGGAAGGAAAAUCAAGUUGGUUGAAGCAGCCAAAAAGAGGUCCCGGAGCCGCUCCCGCUCCAACAGCUCUUCGCGUUCCCGCUCCCGCUCCCGUUCCCACGGGCGCUCCCGCUCCCGCACGCCGCAGGGCUCCCGUUCUCGCUCCCGCUCCCGCACUCCCCGGCCGUACAAUCGCUCCCGCUCCGGAUCACCUCGAGGUGGGUCCCCGCGGAGGGGUGGGUCCCCGCGGAGAGGUGGGUCCCCACGAGGAGGGUCCCCACGCAGAGCUUCCCCACGAGGAGGGUCCCCACGCAGAGCUUCCCCACGAGGAGGGUCCCCACGCAGAGCGUCCCCACGAGGAGGGUCCCCACGCAGAGCCUCCCCACGGGGAGGGUCCCCACGCAGAGCGUCCCCACGGGGAGGGUCCCCUAGGGCAGGGUCUCCACGGAGAGCGUCCCCACGCGGAGGGUCUCCACGGAGAGCAUCACCUAGAGGAGGGUCCCCACGAGGAGGCUCCCCACGCAGAGCGUCCCCUCGGGGAGGGUCCCCACGCAGGGCAUCUCCUAGAGGAGGGUCCCCACGGAGAGCGUCCCCUCGGGGAGGGUCCCCACGCAGGGCAUCACCUAGAGGAGGGUCCCCACGGAGAGCGUCCCCUCGGGGAGGGUCCCCACGCAGAGCGUCCCCACGGGGUGGAUCCCCACGAGGAGGGUCCCCCCGCAGAGCGUCCCCGCGGAGAGGGUCCCCGCCCUCGGCCGUCCGUGCCGCCUCCAAGGAGCCGGCGGUCAAGCGCUCCACCUCCGUCACCAACAACAAGGCCUGCGAGACGGCCGCCCCGCACUCCCCCCCGCCCGCCCAGCGAGCCUCGCGCUCCAGGUCCCGGUCCAGGUCCCGGUCCCACUCUCGAUCCCGGUCCAGGUCCCCGUCCCCCGAUGGCCGGCGCUGAGCGGACCGGCCUACCCCAUACUCGGUCACAUGCACACAUACGCGCUCCCACUCGUUCACCCCCUGUCCAAGGAAUGGUCAUCACAGCCUCCUCCAGUCAGUGCGGCUCUUUGUCACAGUUUGUAGUUACUGGCAGCUGUAGCGUUAUGGUCUGUUGUGGCGAUACGGGGGGAGCAAGGGCGUGGAAGAACACUGAAUACACUCACCCAUCCCCCUGCAACACAUAGAAACUCACACACUCGCGCGCACACACACAUUUUUAUUGAUGGUUCCGCUUUCAGGGACUCUAUGAGGCCAGAUGUUGAUGAGCGAUGCGCUUCGGUUACUUAGAAUGCAACUUUCUUCCUGUUUUUUGUUCACCCCCCCCCCCCCAUUUGUGCUCAGAGGUCCAGUAGAGAAGAUGUAGGCUUACAUCCCACCUUGUCUCUGCCCCUUCCGUUUAGGUUCUAUACAAAUGUGUGGGCCUGAUUUGACUUUUUUUGUUUCUUUUUCAUGAUCUAUCAAUGUAUGGUCAUGGUGUCAUUAAAAGUAGAAACCAUGCAUUUGCUUUGGAUUUUUGUAUAUUUCUAUUUGUACUCUGACAUUUUUUUAAUUUACGAAUACGGUCCGAGCUCUUUCAUGUCGAAUUCUGUGCAUGUUUCCAGUUGUACUUGGCAAAGGUUGGUCUGAAAAAAAAGUGGUUGGAUUAAAUGUAUUUGACUUUUCUAUUGACUAUUGGACUCAUUUAGUUCUUUGGGUGAUUUGUAUUAUGUAAUAUAGUACAUAUCUGCACUGCAUCAGUCCAUUUAUUAAAUGUAUUCAUGUGGAGUCUACAUAACUCCACUUGUACACAUUUUACAACUGGUUAUAACUCGAUAUAAAGGCUGCACCCAUCUCUAUUGUUAUGUUUAGUAAAAGUCCAACCAUACGAACUAUGAGGGAGUACUUCAGCCACGUUUCAAUGACCGUACCUAAAUAUACCCCAAAUUGACAAGAAUGCACAUGACAGUUUAAGUCAAAGUUGUGCUUUUGAGUGAGAAGUCUCUUUACAAAUGCAAGCUUUUUAUCAAGUUAUGCAAUUCAUGAACAAUACAAUAACCGUAAUAUUCCUUCAGCAUUCAUGCUGAUAAUUAGACCAGUUCUUGACAAACCCGAUAUGGCUUUCUCCAUUCUGCCACGGAAAGAUGAGGGGCAACUAAAAUAGGAAAAGCUCAAGAUACAUUUUCCUCGGUUUUGAAAAAUAUUUAUUAGGCCUAAAGAUCACUUGAAUCAAGAGUACAUUUACAUACCAAAAGUUCCGAGCAACCAAAGCAUUGUACUUGCAUCUGACUUCUAUACACAUUAGGAGGUAGUGGACCCAACUGUGACAAAUGUCACUAAGGCUAGAGGGAACGUGCUCUCGACAGACGUCACCUUUUCCACUUCAAGCUAACCCUUGUCAACAGGAUCUUGCUUCUAGGAUUUUAAUUUGGGGCGUGUCUCAGGUGAGUGUUCCCUAACCACUUCAACCCCAAUGUAGGCGUCUGUUGGCUGGAACAGCUCCUCCGCUCCAGCUGUUAGCAAAGGAGAAAGUUGUGACGGCACACUUUGUCAAUAGACGCCCCUCUGAAGAGGUGAAAGCUUGAGGUGUGUGAAUGUUUGUGAUUUUUAAUGAGACAAUUAGAUUCCUCUUACCUUUAUGCUUGGUCUUGUACCUCUGGUAACAUCUGGACCCCAGAAUGAGCACUCCAGCCUCCAUCAGCUGGAAUAGGACGUAGACGAAAGGGAAUAUAGAGAGAUUCCCGAUGACUCCUGGCGGGAAACCCAACUUCAGAAUGGCGUAGGCCAGCUGGAUGUUCUGGCAGCCCGUUUCAAUGGAGAUGGUCCUCCGGGAUCUGGGAAUAAAAAUUGAUUAACAACGGGCCUACCUACAAAUAAAAGUUAUGUGAUCACCAGGAUAAUCAACCAUCCCCUAAACCACAACCAAUUGACUGAUGCUAUCAGUGAGUGGUUACCAUCACGCGGUGUCAAUAAUUGACCAGCCUAUUUAUAACGUUUUGGCCGGUAUUGGCCGUCAACUGCUGCGAAUAAGGCCACUCCUGUUAUGAAUUGUCAGUGUCUGAAUUAUACUUUUGUUCAACACUUCUACUUUGCUUCAUCGAUGAGGCUUCGACUGGCAAUCCACUUGUUUGCUUGAUUGAUCUUCC